UAAAAUGGAUUUCUUCGACGGGUACAACUACAGAGUCAACAAAAUUCUAUUGUCGGCAAUCGGCCAAUGGCCUUACCAAUCGUCCAGGACGAGCCACGCAAUAGUCUUUGUCAUAGUAACUAUAGUUUGCUUGCAAAUUCUCACUAAGCUAUGUGGUAUGUUCCCCUACAUUUACGAUAUGGACAUCGUGAUCGAGUGUCUUAUUCCGAUAAUGGUUGAUGUAUCGGGUAUGACAAAAAUAAUGAAUUCCACACUGUGCGUGAAUGAGAUCAGGGCAUUACUCGAUCGAAUACGAGAUGAUUUUUAUUCGUUGAAAAAUUCCAAUAAUACAAAGAUUCUUAAAAAAUACGCGGAUAGUGGCAAAAAAUCUUCGACUAUUUACGUUUGUGUGCUAUAUUCGCUAACGGUAGUAUUUAUGUUUAUGCCUUUCCAACCGUUAAUCCUUCGUGUCGCCAACGCCACGACUCGGCCCAUGUUGCACAGAGUCGAAUAUUACGUCGACAUGGAUCAGUUUUAUUUUCCAAUUUUGAUUCACGGAUAUUUUACCGCUAUAAUUUGCGUUACGUCCAUCGUCGCAACUGAUGCGAUAUUUAUCAUAUUUGUGCAACACGCUUGCGGGCUAUUUAUCAUAACUGGCUCACGAAUAGAACAAGCGAUACAAGAGGCAUACCUGACCGGAAAUGUCAAUCCCCCAAUUACGAAAGAUACGGCAUAUCGAAAUAUGAUACAAUGCAUUCACGAUCACAGAGCGGCUAUAAGGUUUGUUAAUCUCAUGGAAAUUGUGUACUCCAAGCACUUUCUGUUUCAUUCCGGGCUGAAUAUGAUAGCUAUGAGCGUUACGAGCGUUGGGGCUGUGUCAAAAUCGGACGAUCUGUCUGAGCUUCUUAGACUAGUAGCGGUAACGUGUGCGUUAUCAUUUCAUCUAUGCUUCGAAUGUAUUAAUGCUCAGAGAUUAAUAGAUAAUAGUGGAUAUCUUCAUACUAAUCUGUAA